AAAAAUUAUAAAAUUCAAAUGUCUUAUCGUGACUUAAGGAAUUUUUGUGAGAUUAUGAGGGCUCUGGGGUAUUCCAGACCUAUCUCUGUUGAGAACUUCCGACUACCAAAUUUUGAGCUUGUAGCAGACAUUUCUCUCUGGUUUGCAGAGAGAUAUGACCCAUCAAGCGAUAUUUCAGAUAAUAUCAACGAAGAGAGGGACAGAGUUCUGUUUAUUAAAUCCAUCUGCCAACUAUUUCUCACUAAAGCACGGAUAAAGCUCAACCCAAAGAAGCUUUAUGAAGCAAAUGGGUACGCUGUAAAGGAGUUACUCAAGGUAGCAACCAUGCUUAAUAAAGCAAUGAACGCUAGUGCUGUAGAUGAAGAUGAGCUUGUCUCUUCAAAUGACUUCAACAUGGACUCUAAACUCAGAAAUCUCAAGCAAGCAAGGUCUCUUGCUAACGAAAUCACUGAGACUGGAGCCAAGCUGUUUGAUUCUCUGGGUAAAGAGAAUGAUCUUAGAGAAUCAAGAGAGAAAGCUCUUGAUUUUCUAGACUCAAUCUCUAGAAAUCUUGGAUCAAAUACUGAGCAAGAGUAUAUCGAGAAAUGCAUUAGAGACUUGGUCGGAGGUCAGAGUCAUCAGAUGGAUCAGAUGAAUGAAAUGAUUGCUAAUCUCAAACAAGACGAGAAGGAACUUGAGAACAAGAUCCAACGUAGAGCUGCCGAGUUAGAUAGAACUGACAAACGCUUGAAAGGAAUCGAACAAGUCAGACCUGAAUUCAUGGAUGAAUACGAAAAACUUGAACAGGAGAUUAGCCAAUAUUACAAUCAAUACAUUGAGAAAUUUAGAAAUUUGGACUACCUGGAGCAUCAACUUGAUGAAUACAACAGGAAGGAGAUAGAGAAGAAGAAAGAAAACCAAAAGGCUCUCAAGAAGAUCCAAGAGAAAUAUAAGGUCGAAGAAUACAAGACCUUCAAUGAAGGCAAUGAGGAUGGCAUCAUCAAAGAUGAAAUGGGUUCUACCAGAACUGGGUUCAAUAAAGGCAACAACGUUAUUGGAAACAUUGAGGGCGACGAUGACGAUGAUGAUGAAGACGAUGAAGAAGAUGAUAGUGAUGCUAUUGGCGAAGAUGAUGACGGAGAGCCUAUUAAUAUCGAGUCUGAUGAAGAUGAUGAUGAGGAUGGGGAAGAGGAUGACUCUGAUGGCAACUUCUAA